UUUUUAUAUACAUAUAAAUAUAUAAAAUAUAGAUAUUUAUAUAUUAUCUUCGAUAUUAUGUCUCAACAAAAUAAUCACAUACAUUAUCAUAUAGAUGGUGAUGUUUUAUUUGUAGUAGAAGACACAAAAUUUCUUGUGCACAAAAAUAUAAUCGGAUUGGCAUCAAAAAUGUUUUAUGAUAUGUUCACAUGCGCUACUCCAAAUUAUUCAACUCAAAAUGAUAGUGAAAAUACACCAGUAGUAGUAUUAGAAGGGGAAUCAAAGAAAACAUUUGAAAAUUUAUUAUCAUAUAUUUAUCCAAAUACAUUUAUUUUGAUAGAUUGGGAUAAUAUAGAAGAAUUUUUAAGAUUUUCAGAAAAAUAUAUUGUUGAUAGUGUUUUAUUAAGUGCGAAAACAUUUCUUGAAAGAGAAUUUCGUAAAAAUCCUUUAUAUUCAUUAAUUUUAGCUGAUAGAUAUCAUUUUAAAUCUCUUUAUAAAGAAUCUUCAAAAUUAGUUUUAGACAAAUUUCCUGAAUACAAAAGAAAAGAUAUAUUUUCUCAACUUUCUUUAUACUCUCAUACUGUUUUAACUAAAAAAUAUAAUGCUUAUACGGAUUCUUUAGCUAAAUUGGCCAACGUAGAUUUUACUUCUGGUUAUUUACAUUGUGAUGAUUGUAAUAAACAAUCCGAUCAUGAUUUAAAAAUCAAUCAAGAGUUUAUUGAAAGAAGUAAACAAGUUCAAAUUUUACCUUUGCCUUUACCUCCUACUCCUCCUUCUGCUACGAGAAAAAUUUUGUUUAAUAGUAUCGGUUAUAGAACUUGUGAUAAUCAAUUUAUGACUUUUCAAUUACCUAGAAAAUUCAAAAAACAUUUCGGUGUUUUUGAACCUUUAGAAUGUAAAAAACAUAAAAAAGAUCCUACCUUUUACCUUUACGUUGAAUUGGGUGAAUGAGGGAGAAGAUUAUAUUCAAGAAUCAAAGAGAAUGUAAGAUUAAAAUUUUAAGGUUUUUAGCGAUGGUGUUGUGUGUGAUUUUCUUACAAGAAUUUCUUUUAUAUAUAUAUUUUUUCUCUCUAUUUUGUAACUCAUCUCUCUCUUUGUAUUAAUUUUUUUGAAAAUUCUGG